AUGAACAUGCGUACCUUGCUCUGGUACAUGAUAUACUGUUUAAUAGCCCACACGAGCGCAUACCGAGGAACCAUACCAUUUGAACACCCCGAAAAGGCCACAAUUCCAUUUGUUCCCCCGAUAUACGUCUCAGACAAGCCCAAAACAUACCCAAAAGCAUGUCCCGGAAACACACCCAUGACGAGAGAUCAAUGGUGCGAGUACAGCCUGUGGACAGACUAUACAGAUACCGUUCCCGACACCGGAGUCACUCGGGAGUUCUGGUUCGAUGUACACCAAGCAACAUUAGCACCCGAUGGACGACCAAGAUGGGCGCUUGCAAUAAAUGGAUCCCUGCCCGGACCAACGGUCGAGGCAAAUUGGGGCGAUACAGUGGUUAUCCACCUACGGAAUAGCCUGGCAGAUGUCAAAAAUGGAACAAGUCUUCACAUCCACGGACUUCGUCAACACUUCACAAAUCCCAUGGACGGUGUAGUCUCCGUCACGCAAUGUCCCAUCGCCCCAGGAUACACCAUGACCUACCGAUGGCGAGCGACGCAGUACGGCACAACAUGGUACCAUUCCCACAUAGGGCUUCAAACGUGGGAAGGUGUAUACGGAGGCGUGGUCAUCCACGGACCAGCGAGUGGGAACUACGACGAAGACAAAGGCGUCGUCCUACUAUCCGACUGGGAUAUCAACACCGUUGACGAGCUCUGGGGGGAGGCAGAAACUGUCGGGUCGCCGACACUCGAUACCGGUCUGAUUAAUGGAAACAAUGUUUUUGGAGACGACGAUGACUCCAGUCAGACGGGGAGCAGAUUCAGCACCUCGUUUGUUCCGGGAAAAUCAUACCGGCUUCGCGUGACGAAUGUCGCGUGUGAUACUCAGUUCAAAUUCAGUAUAGAUCAUCACACUCUAACGGUUAUAGCGAUGGAUUUCGUGCCUAUCAAGCCGUACAAAACUACUGCUAUCAAUAUAUCAAUUGGUAAGGGGGCUUUCACUGCGAAUACUGAGAAUGUCAACUUAUGGAAAUUGAACACAGGCCAGCGCUACGAUGUAAUUGUGCUCGCAGACCAAGCCAAAGUUGCGUCGUCUUUCUGGCUCCGCGCCACACCGCAGCUGGCAUGCUCGUUCAGCAACAAUGCAGAUAACAUACGUGGUAUAAUUUAUUAUGAAAGAUCACCUGGUGCAUCUAAGUCCUCCUCCCUCAUCCCCAGCACAACAGGGUAUACCCUGACCGAUAGCUGCGACGAUGAGCCCGCGUCAAAACUCAUUCCCAUCGUUUCUAAAAGACUCUCCCUCGCCGCAUCAGUCUUCUACUACAACGAGAAUCUCCCAGUCACAGCAGCCGUGAACGAAAACAACCUCCUCCGCUGGUACAUCAACGGAACCAGCAUGCACGUUACAUGGUCUCAGCCAACGUUACUAGAAUUCAUCCAGUACAGUGCCAACCCCGACAACCCUACAGAAUCAACAACCCGGGACCGUGCAGUCCUCUCCAUCCCAAAAGCAGAUACCUGGGUUCUGGCAAUCAUCGAAACAGCCAUGGAAGCCCCUCACCCGAUCCACCUGCACGGGCAUGAUUUCCUCGUCGUCGCGCAGGGCAAUGGAUCAUGGAGCACGACGUCUCGGAAUCUGAACCUGGAUUACGCGGCUGGCGCACUCCCGAAGCGUGAUACCGCUCUACUCCCUGCACUGGGUCAUUUGGUACUUGCGUUCCGGACGGAUAAUCCCGGUGCAUGGUUGAUGCAUUGUCACAUUGGAUGGCAUCUUGAUCAGGGAUUUGCGUUGCAGUUUGUUGAGCGGGAACCCGAGAUCAGGAGGAUGUUUGAGGGGGGGAGUGGGCUUGGUGGUUGGUGGGGGUAUGGGGGGAUGAUGAGGGAGAAUUGUGAGAAUUGGAAUUGGUAUAACCGUGGCGGACAGGUUGUGGAACUUGGGGCUGGGAUCUAG